UGCACUAGGGUUAUCACUCCACUUAGCCUCACCCUCACCCUCUCUUUCCCCCUCUCUCUUUAUCUGACACUCUCACACAGUCGCAGAAAGUCAUGGCUGACAGAAACAGCCGCUUCGGCGUCAAAAGGAAAGAGAAGAAAGCGGAAAACAAAGCCAGUGACGAGAAGGACAAAGAGAAGGAGAAAGUAAAGGAGAAAGCGGUGAAAAAGCCUGACAAAGUUGUGAAAAAGACAGAGAAGGCCCCAGAGCCACCCAAGACAGAUGAAGGGAAGAGGAAUGGGGAAGGUGGAGAAGCCGCUGGAGGAGAGGCAAAGAACAGUGAGGAGAAUGGAGAGUUUCAGCCCAUAGAACUGCCACCGUUUGAGAUCAUCAGAGGGGAACAGAUGAGCCUGUUCUACUUCAAGUUUCAGUUCAGGAAUGUGGAGUAUUCAUCAGGGAGGAACAAGACCCUACUGUGUUUCAGAGUGGAUACAGCAGGAGGCAGCACAGAGCCUCUGAAAGGUUAUAUGGAGGAUGAACAUGCCACCGCACACGCUGAGGAGGCCUUCUUUCAGCAGGUGCUCCCUAAUUCCAACUCUUCCCAGGAGUACGAUGUCACAUGGUACGUAUCCUCCAGUCCUUGUGUUGCUUGUGCUGCCAAAUUGGCCAACAUCCUCCGCCAGCGCAAAAAGCUUCGUCUCUGCAUAUUCUGCUCUCGGCUCUUUGAGUGGGAGCAGCCAGAGAUAGUGGAAGGGCUCAAAGCUCUGGUGAGCGCUGGCUGUAAACUGCGGAUGAUGAAGCCAGCUGACUUCCAGCAUGUUUGGGAGACGUACGUGGACAAGGAAGACCAGACUUUCACACCUUGGGAGGAUUGUCAGGAAAACUAUGAGUACUAUAUGGAGAAACUGGCUGAUAUCCUCAAGUAGAUAUUGUGGAGAAGACCUCCUCAGCGACUGAACUACUCUUUACAUGUUUGUUCCAACCACAUCUGCAGAUGAAUUUGUUGAAAUAUUCAUGGUAGCAUUUUAUUUUUUUUAUUUAUCAUAGAAAGAUACAGUAUGCUUUGAUGACAUUUUAUAGCAUCAUUCAUUUAAAUAUAGUAUAAAAUACAGUACCUGGUUUUCUUUACAAAAAUAAAGCAACAAUAAACACUGCUGAACUGUUUUCGGCAUAAAUUGAACAUGGCUAACAUAUCUGCUGA